UCAGGUGCAAGAAGCUCUACAAGAGGCCUAUGGCGAUGAGAUCCCUUGUCAUUUAGAGGAGAUCGCAUCUCAAUUGGGCGUGAAGCGAUUGUCGAGGCUGCAUGGUCAAGCUAGGAGCUACUCAGGCAACCAUUUCAAGGUUGCUCGGUCUCCUCGGAUGCGCAGCGAGUCACCGCCCCGCCGAUGCGGUGCUGGGCGGCUUUACAACGAAGGCACGUCAUUGAAACAGAGGAGGAAGGCAUUUAUGGAGGAGGUGAUGAACUUGGAGCAAGCAGCCUUGCGGCAAAAAGCUAAAGAGCUCAUGCAUCAGAGCAGUCAUUUGUACCAACAACGAGAGCUGCUCGGCAAAUUUGCCAAAUUUGGAAGACCGGCGAUAAGCAAGGAGCGACGCACGUCGACCGAGCGCCGCUAUCCGGGCCGGCUCUGCGGCCCACCGAGCGAAAGCCCGAGCCCACGGAGUCCACGGAGUCCGAGUAGUUCGAGGUGUCCAAAGUGUUCAGAGCCAGAGGUGAAAGACGACUCCUCGCAGACGACUCAGGCUUCUUCUGCUUCUUUGCCAUUGGAGACAACUGAGCUGGAAUUGCUGAAGAAGCAACUGGGUUUGCUUUCGAUGGGUGCAGAGAUGUUGCGGCGGAGACUUGAAGAGGCUCAGCGGGCGCAAGAGCGGGCCCUUUCCGAGCGGGCGCAAGAAGUAUACAGUACGGCUUUCGGCGACGGCUCGGGACGGUCCAAGUGCGGAGCCGGACCAUGCGGACGAAGGAGCUCCAGAUCCGUCACCGAGGUCUCCUUGUCGACGUCCUGGUGGAGUUCAGGCUGUGCAAAGUGCCUCUUCGCUGCUGCCGCGGCAAGGCGAAGAGCCUCGAACUGCAAUCAGGC